UCGCAAGUAUUGACUGAAACACGGACAUGAGCGCCUUACCACCCAAUUAGUCGGAGUUACCGCUUCGCAAACGGGUAAGCCGUGCGGGUAUUUUCACACAGUUCGAAGUACUUUUGAUUUUUUCCCCUAUCCUUUUCGGUUAGUGAAGUUCGAAUGAAAUUAGUGAAUUUGGUCAAUGGCGUGAAUCACCAGCCAAUACCCAUCAUCAACUUUGAGCCCAGAUGAAACCAUAAAUUUAUAAACUGGGUGCUAAAAAUCGAUGUGAAGAAAAAACGAAACACAUACAAUUACAAUCACAAACAGAAGUCAUGGUCCAUAAAGUGUUGGUUGGUUACGUAGAAAAACUGCAGCAUGUCCUUGGGAAUUCCAUACAUCUUUUGCAAUGGGACUACUUUAAGAAUGAAAGUAUUCCUUUCAAAAAUCAUACAUUGGAUAUUAGUGUUGGGAAUUGUGAUAAACAUUGAUGGAACGUUUGCCCAGGCGGAAUCAACCAUCCAAGAUAUAAUUAAUUUAUGCAACGAACAAAGCACACUGCAUUGCGAAUGGCUGGAAAAUUACAGACAACAAAAUAUGGUAAACGAUGUACUGCGACAACUUUCAGAAGAUAGCACGACUAAUUUGGGACAAUAUCGCCCACCACAUAAUCAUAUAAGUCCACGUUUCGCAUCGUACGAGAGUACAAGUAAAGACGUACCUCAGUAUCCUUUUUCAGCGGGUUGGAAAGGACAAUUGAAUAAGAUAAUGAAUAAUAAUUGGAAUAACGGUAAAGUAGGAAAAAUCAGAUCGAGAAAACCGUUCAAUUACGAUAGUAAAAGAACGCCACCGAAUAUGUUUUCGAGCUGGGGCGGUAAACGAGUUCCAUUAACGCCAGACGAUUCGGCUGCCAAAAGAGAACCUUCGUUCUCAAGUUGGGGAGGUAAACGAACGCAGAAAUUUUUCAAUUGGGGUGGAAAAAGAAGUAUCCCAGAAAAUGAAUUUAAUGAUAGGUUAGAAGAUAAUUACGAACAUAAUAUUAUGAAACGCGAAGUCAGUUCAAAGGACGAAAACGAUACCACUAAUAGCAGAAAGAAACGAGCAUCGGAUAAAAAGCUGUGCUUGACUGAUGAAUUGAAUUUACAAGAAUUAUUUAAAGAAUUCAUCGAGUGGUCCCGCAGACAACCUGAACAAAAAAAAGGAUCUUUUUAUAAGAAAAUGUUUACCGUCAGUACGCUACACAGCCCAGAUAAUCUGAGCAGAAGAGCGGGAUCGUUUUUUCAAUGGGGAGGUAAACGAAGUUUAAAACAAAACUGAUAAUUUUGUGUUGUAUAUUUGGGUAAGCGCGUUUCGUCAUCGCACUCAAAAUGAACGUAAAUUAUUGUUUUUAAAAUGAUAUGUACCUACGGCUACAACAUAUUAUUGUGUACUGAUGCGAUGACAAGACGUUCUUUUUUUCAUACUAGUCACUACAAAUUUAUACCUUUUACCUAAUUUAGGCGUUUUAAAUGAAAAUCCUUUAGUUUAGUACGUUUUCAUUUUUAUUUUAAGACUGUAAAUCCUUGAAUAAUUUUGUUUCAACAUCAAGUUGUUUGUAACGGCGUUACCAUUUUUCUUUUCCAAUCAUUCGCUUCGAACAACAUUAUUUAUUUCUGUAAUGAUUUCAACAAAAAACAAUGUUCGAAUGUUAAAGUGAAGAAUAAAAUUCAUACAAACUGA